AUGUCCAACGAUAUGCUUGCCUUACCCAAGGUGCUGCUUAUGGGGCUCCGCAAGUCAGGGAAAAGUAGCAUCCAAAAGGUCGUCUUUGAAGGUAUGCAACCGCACGACUCGGCCACUUUGGCAACCACCGUGCAGCCAGAGAAGAGCACCGUGCACUCGAACGACUUCGUGAAUUUUGAGGUGUGGGACUUUCCCGGCCAGAAUGACCCAUUCGAUCCCAGCAACGCCAGCCGCUAUGACGUGAAUCAGCUUCUCGAAAACUGUGGCGCGAUUGUGUAUGUGCUGGACUGCCGCGAGCUCAUCGACGACGCCCGUGCGCGGCUGCUCGACACAAUCAACGCUGCAUACCGGUACAAUCCUGAGUUGUGCAUUGAGGUGUUUAUUCACAAAGUCGACGCUCUGAGUGAAGACCACCAGGCCGACCUGCUGGCGAGCCUGCAGCGGCGUGUGGAGGAGGAAGCUAAGCAGUUACUGGAGAAUGUGCAGCCGCUACGUCUGAACUUCAAUCUCACCUCCAUCUACGACCACUCCGUCUUCCAGGCCUUCUCGCUGGUGGUGCAGAAGCUCAUCAAGUGCAAAAUGCCGUAUAUCACAGAGCUCCUGCAGAUGCUCAACUCGAACAGCAAUAUCGACCUCUCCUAUCUCUUCCUUAGCCACUCCAAAAUAUACGUCGCAGUGGACGAGCGCAACCGCCUCAAGUCUCGAACCUAUGACCUUUGCAGCGAUGCCAUUGAAGUCGUAGUGAAGAUGAGUCGCAUUUACACCCGUGCAGGAGACGGCGCCGCCGCAGGCGCGAAAGAUGCCUCGGCGGACUCGGGACACACUUUGGCUGCCUCGCCUGCCAACGACGCCACCACUGUCUUGGCUUAUGGCAGCGCAGACGGAUACGCCUCUGACGUGUCCGACUUGUACCGCGGCGCGAAUGCAGUGAUACAGCUAAGCAGCGAAGACUGCAUCUACGUCCGCGAAUUGCCGAGCUCCUUAACGUUGGUGCUCAUGAUGAAGCAGACACACCUCGAGAACCGCGCGUUGAUUGACCGAAACGUGGACAUAUUCUACAAGGCCGCCUUUGACAUCUUCAACACGAGCGCAUCCUAG